CGCCGCUCGUUCACCAACUAGUGAAACUGACGCACACUGGCACUGGGAGACUGGCACCAUGCCGUACUAACCUCUCAGUGGACAAUUAAACAGGAAGAGAGGAGGUACAGGCUCAUUCACACAGGCAAAGUCACUCAUUGGCAAAGUCAUUGGGAUUGUGACGAGACAGCCACACACGAGCUCUAUGUAGAGACCCAGAGACCUCCUACAGAAAAUACCAUUACACGUGCAUACAGUACGCUGAAAUGGACCGUUUUGUUGGUCGGUGUGAAACCCAAUGUGACCGUUGAAAAUAAAGAGGAAUUGUUAAGUCUUGGAAAGAUUGUAAGGAAAAAAAACAGCUGAAUUGGAUAUUUCACUUGUCCAUAUUGAGUGAAGACUGCUGAGUUUUUCUCUUCAUAUUGAGUGAAGACUGCUGAGUUUUUGUCUUCAUAUUGAGUGAAGACUGCUGAGUUUUUCUCUUCAUAUUGAGUGAAGACUGCUGAGUUUUUGUCUUCAUAUUGAGUGAAGACUGCUGAGUUUUUGUCUUCAUAUUGAGUGAAGACUGCUGAGUUUUUCUCUUCAUAUUGAAUGUUCCCUGUGAAUUUCACAUCUUCAACAUUAAAACUUCAAUCAAGGGAGGGUAAGGACAUUUUCAUUUAUGCAUUUAAUGUAAUUUAUAAUUAUGUUUGACAGUGUAUAACAAUUCUGCAUAACAAUUGAAUAUUUUUUUAUGUCACAGGGAAGAGUAUACAUUCAAGCAUUUCAAUUUAGUUUUUCGUUUAAUGGCCUACUUCACAGCACAUUCUUCUUGAGCUGUCCAAAUCAGACUGAAUGAAUGCAGAUUCAUGUAGGGACAUCAAGUGUAUUUUCAGGAAUUUGGCUCAAAUCUCUCAUCAAGUUGUAGAAACAUAUUUUUAAAGGGAUACAGCCUAUAGACCCCUGAAUGGAUCUGACUUUGAAAAUGUGCCUCGGUUGCCAUAGCACCUGUUACUGCACUGAAUGUGAUUCUAAGCUGUUUAGACUCCUUAUGUAAAGCGGAAGGCCAAGCGGAUACAGAGACAGACAGACGGACGGACGGACGGACGGACGGACAGACGGACAGACAGACAGGUGGAGAUUUACUUCUGGGCGUGAGGAUGAACGGCAGCCAAUCAAACCAGUCUCUGAAGUGUGUGCGUGACACCAGUGUGACGGCGGUGGUCUUCCCCUGUCUCUACAGCGCCCUCUUCCUGUUUGCGCUGGUACUCAACUGCCUGGCUGCAUGGAUCUUCUUCAACAUCCGUAGCACCACCACCUUCGUGGUCUACCUGAAGAACGUAGUGGUGGCGGACCUGCUGAUGACUCUGUCCAUCCCGUUGAAGGUCCUCGCAGACGCCGACGUGGGCUCCUGGCGUCUGCGUGCGUUCUACUGUCGCUACUCCGCCGUCCUCUUCUACACCACCAUGUACAUCAGCAUCCUGCUGCUGGGGCUCAUCAGCCUGGACCGCUACCUCAAGAUAGUCAGGCCCUUUGGGAAGUGCGCCCUCCAGAGGGUCGGGGUGGGACAGGCCUUGAGUGCGGCCGUCUGGGCUGUGAUGGUGUCUCUGGCUCUGCCCAAUGCCAUUCUGAGUGACCGUACACCGCUGUUCUCUGGUGGCCGGCUGAAGUGUACCUCUCUAAAGGGUCAGGCCGGCAUGCUGUGGCACGAGGGCUUCAACUACUUCUGCCAAGUGGUGUUUUGGGGAACGCUGGCUCUGAUGCUGCUGUGUUAUACUUUCAUCAGUCGUAAAGUCUACGAGUCUUACAAAGCCUCGCGUAGUGGCUCCAAAGCGGCCAGCCGCAGGACCAAGGCCAAAGUCUUUGUGGUGGUGGGGGUGUUUUUCGUUUGUUUCGCCCCUUUUCAUUUCGCCAGGGUGCCCUACACUCUCACCCAGACCCGAAACAUAGACAACCACUGUCGGGCGCAAAACGCACUCUACGUUGCCAAGGAGACCACUCUCUGGCUGUCUGCCACUAACGUGUGUCUGGACCCGCUGAUCUAUGUGUUCCUGUGCAGGGUGUUCCGGAAAAGAUUGACUGCCACACUCAACCGCAAGCCCCUCCCCCAGGGCGGUUUGGAGUCACCCACGGCAACCUCCACUCAGCUGGAGAUGUCUCAGAUAGUACAUAACAGAAUGUUGAUGUCAGUUCGGCCUAGAAGCACAACGGGCAUGUUUUUUCCCCAGCUCUAUUAAAUUGUAAAUAUAUUUCGGCCUGAUGUUAACCCCUGGACAGGUUGUGACCAGAGUAAAGCCCUCAAAUCAUUUCUGGAUAAGUGGCUCUGUUACUAAGACAGUGUUGCAGGUCUAAUAGGCUAUAUAAACAGCAGUGUUCCCACAUGACCUCUGUGAUAGCCCAUGUGUGACGAGUAUUUUGAAACAAAAUGGCUGGUGUUACAUCAGAUAACUGCAGCAGGGCUUUCUAAAUAUCAUCACCAGACACAAGAGUCAACCCAGGCUAAUGUGUCGGUCUCUAAUGAUCGCAAAGUCAUCCUGUCUUUUUUUCUCAGCGUAAUUUACUGUCAGCUCUCACUUCCCCUUUCCUAAUCUUCUCCAAAAAAUAAUUUCCCUCUUUUUCAUUUCACCAGAAAGGAAAACAACUCGACUGAGUGCUUUUAGAUAAUGUGAGUGUGACGAUGUAACAUACACGCUUACGAAAUGGUAUGUUGUUUGUGUGUAUAGUAUAGGGUGAUGCAGUCUUUACAUGUUGUUGGAAAGCAAGACAAAAGCACAGUUUCUCAGACAUCUCAUGCAAAUACACUACAUGUACAAAAAUAUGUGGACACCCCUUCAAAUUAAUAGAUUCAGCUAUUUCAGCCACAUCCGUUGCUGACAGCCAUGCAUUCUCCAUAGACAAACAUUGGCAGUGGGAUGGCCUUACUGAAGAGCUCAGUGAUUUUCAAAGUGGCACCGUCAUAGGAGGCCACCUUUCCAACAAAUCAGUUCGUCAAGUUUCUGCCCUGCUAGAGCUGCCCCGGUCUACUGUAAAUGCUGUUAUUGUGAAGUGGAAACGUCUAGGAGCAACAACGGCUCAGCUGCGAAGUGGUAGGCCACACAAGCUCACAGAACGGGACCGCCGAGUGCUGAAACACCUAAAAAAAUCAUCUGUCCUCAGUUGCAACACCCACUACCGAGUUCCAAACUGCCUCUGGAAGCAACGUCAGCACAAUAACUGUUCUUCAGGAGCUUCAUGAAAUGGGUUUCCAUGGCCGAGCAGCCGCACAAAGCCUAAGAUCACCAUGCGCAUUGCCUAGUGCCGGCUGGAGUGAUGUGAAGCUCGCCACAGUUGGACUCUUAAAGCAGUGGAAAUGCGUUCUCUGGUGUGAUGAAUCACGCUUCACCAUCUGGCAGUCCGACGGACGAACCUUGGUUUGGUGGAUGCCAGGAGAAGGCUACCUGCCCAAAUACAUAGUGCCAACUGUAAAGUUUGGUGGAGAAGGAAUAAUGAUCUGGGGCUGUUUUUCAUGGUUCUGGCUAGACCCCUUAGUUCCAGUGAAGGGAAAGCUUAAUGCUACAGCAUACAAUGACAUUCUAGAUGAUUCUGUGCUUCCAACUUUGUGGCAACAAUUUUGGGAAAGCUAUUUUCUGUUUCAGCAUGACAAUGCCCCCGUGCACAAAGGGAGGUCCAUAUAGAAAUGGUUUGUCGAGAUCGGUGUGGAAGAACUUGGCCUGCACGGAACCCUGACCUCAACCCCAUCGUUGAGGUCAGGGUUUGGGAUGAAUUGGAACGUUGACUUCGAGCCAGGCCUAAUCACCCAACAUCCGUGCCCAACCUCACUAAUGUGCUUGUGGCUGAAUGGAAGCAAGUCCACGCAUCAAUGUUCCAGCAUCUAGCGGAAAGCCUUCCCAGAAGAGUGGAGGCUGUUAUAGCAGCAAUGUUCCAACAUCUAGUAGAAAGACUUCUAGUGGAAACGGAGACCAACUCCAUAUUAAUGCCCAUGAUUUUGGAAUGAGAUGUUCGACAAGCAGGUGUCCACAUACUUUUGCUCAUGUAGUGUACCAAUCAGUACACAAAUACUGCAGAGGAAGAAUGGUUAGUUUAAUAAAGAAUGGUUGGUUUAAUAAAGAAUGGUUGGUUUAAUAAAGGAUGGUUGGUUUAAUAAAGAAUGGUUGGUUUAAUAAAGGAUGGUUGGUUUAAUAAAGAAUGGUUGGUGUAAUAAAGAAUGGUUGGUUUAAUAAAGAAUGGUUGGUUUAAUAAAGAAUGGUUGGUUGAAUAAAGGAUGGUUGGUUUAAUAAAGAAUGGUUGGUUUAAUAAAGUGUGGUUGGUUUAAUAAAGAAUGGUUGGUGUAAUAAAGAAUGGUUGGUUUAAUAAAGACUGGUUGGUUUACAGUU